AUGGACACCCUGGUGCACCUUUACUUUAACCAGUCGGAGCUGAAUGACGACGUCAAGACGCUGAUCCUAAGCUGGGUGACCUUCUUCAAGAACAACUGGAGCAGCCUGUUUAACGUUGACAAAGAAAUCGUCCUCAACUUGGAGUUUUUCCUGGACAAUAAAAAAUUGAUAAAUAGAAAUGCCCCUCCGAAUAAUGAAGUGUAUUUACACGAGCUGAAGAAGAACCCAGAAAUUGUUCUGAAGUUUAUGAAGUUGGCGCUGCACCUCCUGCUGUGUAAGAUGCUGGACAUUGAGGCGGUGAGCACGGAGGAGGUGCCCGUGGGGGUGAGUGAGGGCAUCCGGUUCGAGCCCCUGGGGAGGGACGAUCUGCACAUCGCGAGCAAAGAGAGCAAGAACAGCGGCGAUAGCAACGAUAGCAGUGGUAGCAGCGAUAGCAGCGGGGGGCACAGCAGCGACAGUGCGAGCCGCGUCCGGAGGGGCAGGCGCGUAGUUGGCACACAGAUAAGCGGCGUUGGAAGCCAUCUCGGGGGCGGCCAUCUCGGGGGCGGACUUCUCAGCGGUGGAAGCCACCUCGGAAGGGGCGGCUAUUUCAUCGGCGGGGGCCACCUGGGCAUCCGGUCCGCGGCGAUGCGGAGCGCCGCGGCCUCCCCGAGGAGCCCCUUCAUCAGGCGAGACGAAAUCAGCGACUUCGAAAACGACGACCCGUUAAUUAGCGAGCUCAAGUGCUACCGCUACAAAGAGUCCGAAUUCUUCAAGGCCUAUUUCCUAACCAACAGAAUUACCAUCUACAUAUACAAUUGGAACAAGCUAAAUAAAUUUGAGAAUUUAAAAAGUGAAAAGGUGAAUCAGUUGAUAUGUCUCCGAGGAAGCGUCCUUAGAGUAUCCCCCAUCCAGUUGCUAAUCACCAAGUUGGAUUUCAUUUGCGAAAAAUGCAAAGGCAUCAUCCAGGUGGAAUUUACAGAUGGGAAAUUUGACACUCCCAAAAAAUGCCCUAACCCUAAUUGUGACAGUAGGAACUUCCACCCAAUUAGGGAAUCAGCCAAAUCGAUAGAAUACCAAAAGAUUAUCCUCAAGGAAAAUAAAAAGAUCUUAAGUAGCAUGAAUGAAAUGGGAGACUCCAAUGUAAAGAAUCUAACAGUCACAUUGGAGGUCUCCAAAUUUUUUAUAAAUUCUUGUGUGCCAGGGAACUACGUAGAAGUCGUAGGAAUUCUGAAAGUCAUCUCAUAUAAUAACAACUACCUCAUUAAUGGGAAAAAUUCUAUUUAUAAUAUGUAUGUUGAUUGCCUUUCUAUUUUCCCCUUAUCGUCCAAGAAGUACCUCAAUAACAGCUCCUUCAACUUCGAGAAGGUGAAGGAGACAAAAAACAGACUCUACAGCUCCCUCCUCUGGGAGUCCUACUUUGAUAAAAUUGAGAAGAAGAGGCUCCUCUACUGCGGCGAGGAGAAGGCGCCAAGUGGGGAUAUCCGCCACGGGGAGGAGGCGGAUCCCGCGGGUGGAGAUCAGCCCACCGCUAUGGAGGGGGGUCACAUAAGUAGAGACCAUCCCACCGCUAUUGAGGGGCAUCCCACGGGUGGAGAUCAGUCAACCGCUAUUCAGGGAAACCCCGUGGGUGGAACCCACCUGAGAAGCCUAACCACAACUGAGACCAACGCAGCACCCGUUUGCUCUCAAAGCUAUAGCCCCCUAGGGGCGGCCAAUUACGAUGCCACGAGCGAAAUAGACAUUAAGGCCAAAACGAACGUCUCCUUUGACGCAAGCACGGUGAAUAACUCCAUCGAAAUGAAUACCUACGAGGAGAUCAUUUGCGCUGGCAUUGGUGAGAUGCUAAGCGAAGGGGCAGCUACCACUUCGGGGGACAGCCAAAGUGGGGUGCCCCAAUUUCGUGACUCAGUGGAAAAGGCGCCCACAUCAAACGGGGAGAAAAAAAACGCCGGGGAAGACCCCCCUGUGGUUGGAGACACGAACAGAGAGACCUCCACAAUACUGGAGGACCUCCAGCUGGAUGACGACGAGCUGUGCAUGUACGGGGAUUACAUCGAUGAGGAGAGCAUGGGGAUCGAGCGGAAGAGGAAAAGGGGGCAAGGCGACUACGGCGGUGAGGGGGAGCCGGGCGAACUUGGCUGGCCAGCCCACCCCGGCGGGAUGAACCAGGAGUGGCAGUCAAUCUGGCCCAGCGGAGCGAACCAGGGGUGGAAGCCAUUCCAAGCGGGGCAGCCAAUCGAACCGGGGCAACCAACCCAACCGGGGCAGCCAUCCCAGCCGGGGAAGCCAUCCCACCCGGAUGGUCCGAAUGCUCCGAAUGCUCCGAACGCUCCCAACGACCCGAACCACCCGAACCACCCGAACCACCCGAACCACCCGAACCACCCGAACCACCCGAACGAUGACCGGCACUUCAACCAGACGACGCAGUUCGACGCGAAGGUACUAGAAUUCAUCGACGACAUGCACAAAUACGGGAAGAAUAAGUUUUACCUCCUCGUAGCCUCCCUCUGCCCACGCAUCAUAAUGAACAGCUAUAUAAAGGCAGGCAUGCUGCUGAGUCUCCUCGGAGGAAAAACCAUAUAUGAUGAGUAUAAGCAAAUAAAAAGGAGAGGGAACAUACACAACCUACUGAUUGGAGAUCCCGGGCUAGGAAAAAGCCGAAUCCUUCAGUACGUAAGUAACAUCAUCGAGAAUAGCCUAUUCAUUUGCAGCACGUCCACCAGCAUCAACGGGUUAACUGCAUGUGCAUUUAAAGACGCCACAAACAAUGAGUACUCCCUGGAAGGAGGUGCACUGGUUCUCUCGGACAAAGGCAUAUGCUGCAUCGACGAAUUAGAUAAAAUUUCUCUAACGGACCAGCAGUCAUUCCUUGAGUGUAUGGAGAGCCAGUGCAUUAACAUUAGCAAAGCUGGGAUCGUUUGCAAUCUGAAGACUAGGUGCUCCAUCAUCGCGGCCUCCAACCCGAAGGAAGGCAAAUAUAAUUACAACAAGACCAUUUUUGAAAAUAUAAAAAUCCCAUUCCCCCUUUUAACUCGAUUCGAUCUGGUCUUCCUAUUAACCGAUAAAAUGUCGGAGGAGAAAGACUACCGGAUUUCGAAUUACCUCAUUAAUUCGAACUAUGACGCCCAGGGGAAAAAGAAGAAAAAGAAAAAAAGAAGAAGAAGGGAGAGGGAGAGAACCCCACGGGGGGGGAGCAGAAAGGGCGCCAACAGUAAAGGGGCGAACAGAAAGGGGGCACAAAAGAAGGGGGUUCCCGAGGCGGAUCAGCGGGAGGGCCACGGCAGCGAUGGGAAGGAUGGCAGUCAUGGAAGCGGUGAACGUGGUGAACGCGGUGAACGCUGCGAACGCUGCGAACGCGAUGAUAGCGAAGGAAGCGACGGAAGCGACGACAGCGAUGACAGCGACCUGGACGAUGAGGACAUGUUCUCCCCCAAAAAUGACCUGCUGAAUAAGUGCAAACAAAUCGAUGAGCGCAGCUACCUGCCCGUGGAGCUGCUCGGAGUCUUCAUCAAGUACUGCAGGAAGUGCAUCUUCCCCACCCUGUCCGAUGAAGCUAAGAAGUACAUACGGAAAUUCUACCUGCAUUUGCGAAGCCUCUCUGCUACGCACAGCAAUAUAAGCUCCCCCAUCACCAUCAGGCAGCUGGAAUCUUUAAUUCGCCUUUGCCAGGCCAGGGCAAGAGGAGAUCUUUCCAACGUCGUAACGCUGUACCAUGCGAAGGAGGUCGUGGAGAUUUACCAGAAAACGAUAUUCUACCCUGCGUACUUGAAAACGCUCAAUUUUAGGGAAAAAACGGCUAGCAGGAUGAGCAGGGGCAAGUCGGCCGCCGCCAUUUCGAACGUCUUCAAGGAGGGCAUCAUCCAGCUGGUCAAGCAGCGCGAAAAUAAAAUUUUCAACAAGGUGGGUUGA